UGUAUAUUUCAGACUUAGUCACUUGAGCAAUCAGGAGGGGAGUGAGCUUGAAUGGAUUACAAUAAUACUUGAGCAAGACAGCUGGCAUCUGUAAAGAACUGUCAUCAACAGAGAAGGAAAAGAACAGGAGAUAAUGUCAUUGUUUUCACAGAAGCUAAAAACUGAAGGGCUGGUCCUUUGAGAAAGGGGAGAGCUGAAAAGGUCGAUGGCUUAAACUUUUUAAAAUCUUCUAUACGUGGAAUGGUCUUUCGGAUGACAGCUCAGCUCUGGGGAUGAAGAACUUCUCUAAGCUGAUUGGAAAUGGCAUGGCAGGGCUGAAGCUUCACUGGAGGAAAUAAACCUCCCGACGAGGAAAAUACCAUGUACUGUAAGGCUCUGACUUCUGGUGACAAAUGCAAGUCUAGAGAAAACUUGUCCACUCGGCUGGGAAGGAUGGGUUGGACAAUCUUCACCCAUUCCAAAGGGCGCCUGGAUGCCGUGCUGAGCUUAAUCUCUGCAGCGGGCUUGGUGAUUUUCUCCUCCUGAUGCACUGUCUGGUUAGCCUGAGGAGAAGGGUAAAGAAACUGGCUACCAAGAUGGUAAUCACCAGUGGAAAUGAAGAAGAAAAAGCCAACCAAGAAAAGGAAAGCAAGGAAGAAACCAUCCUGGCAAUGCUGGGAAUCAUCGGGACAAUCCUUAACCUCAUUGUGAUCAUUUUUGUGUACAUUUACACAACGUUGUGAACCACAGAUGCCAAGCCAUUCCAGACAGCUGACACAAGGUGACAGCAAACUGUGGUGCGUUAUUGACACGUGGUUUAACGAGAACAGACGUUUUUGUGUAUUAAGAUGCCAUAAAACCGUUGCCCGCAGGGGGCUGGAGGUUGAAGCACAAUUAAUCUAACAAGACUUUUUUCACAUGGUUAUCAGCAGAACUCUCCCCUGCCUGCCUGCUCUGCCCUUUCUGUUUUAAUUUGUUCUCAAGAAAGAACUGCAAAUAUGUAAGUAUCAGCUCUGGAGGAACCCACUACAGACCGGACAUUUUGAUACAGCCAAAGGAAGAUGGAACAUUCUUGUAAACAGUUUCCAAUGUAUAGCAUAGUCAUGCCCAGAUAUGUUCCACAGAUAGCUAAGUAGCUGUCUUUUUGUGUCUUUUAGAUCACAUCAUCUUCUCUUUUCAUUUACAUUGAAGCUAACAAGCUUUUUUACAUAAAAGAAAUAAUGAAAAUGAGGGACAUAUAAUGCAGUGGCGUGGGUGGGGGGAAACUACCAUUUUGUUGAGCUGCCUGAGAAAGCAAAAGAUGAAACCUUUGGCGAAGUCUGUGACAUGUUUCUUUUCUCUCUCGUCCGCCUGAUAUCUGUCUCUUCAUACCAAGGUUUAUAAAUAUCUAUUUUUAAUAAAUGUGCUAUAUUUUUUAGCAUGAAACAAA